CCACAAGGCUGAAGCGCUAGAGACAUUGCUCGGUUCACCAGGAGCGAUAGGGAGUGUUAUCACGCCACAGUAGCAUUAGCUUGAGACACUUCGCAGAUGCAGUUUUGCAAGGACCCAUUCUUGGUCAUCGUGUAGGGCACAGCAAAAAAUACUGUCUGAGCAGGAAGUGGGGUUGAUUUUAAGAUGUUAUUUCACAGCCUCCUCCUGUGCAGUACAGGCUUUGCCUUGUGUCUUUCGUCAACAGAGGACAAUGGGUAUCAUUUUGGACAGUUUCCUGACAAUUUUGUUUGGGGAGCAGGAACGUCAGCGGGCCAGGUAGAAGGGGCGUGGCGAGAUGACGGUCGCAGCCCCAGUGUAUGGGAUGUAUACUCUCACACGCCCGGGAAAACAGACCAAGGAGACACGGGCGACGUUGCAGCAGACAGCUACAGCAAGUACAGCGACGAUAUCAACAUGCUCAAAGAGUUAGGGGUGAAGUCGUACCACAUGUCCAUAUCCUGGUCUCGCCUCAUGCUCAAUAGAACAGAUGUAAACCAACCAGGCGUCAACUACUACAACAGCAUCUUCACCGCCCUACGCAACAGCAGCAUUGAGCCCUAUGUGACGCUGUACCACUACGACUUGCCGGAGUUUCUAGAGAGGAGAGGAGGGUGGCUGAAUGAGGACAUUAUCCACGACUUUGAAGUAUACGCAGGACAAUGUUUCACACAUUUUGGAAGUCAGGUGAAGUAUUGGGUAUCAAUGCAUGAUCCAAGGAGCGUGGCGUGGAGGGGGUACGGGGAGGGAUCGGCACCCCCGGGAAGAUAUGAGCCGGGGUGGAACCCGUACAUUGCUGCGAAUAACCUGCUCCGGGCUCAUAGAAAAGCCCAGGAGGCGUUUCGCCCAUUUAAGGGCAGUACAGGUCAACUGGGGAUAUCGCUGACAACUAAUAUAUACCAGCCCAUGGAUCCUUCGAAUCCUGAUGACGUCCGAGCUAGUGACAGAGCGCUUCAGUUUGACUUCGGGUGGUUCAUGUCCCCCUUGACCACGGGUAGCUACCCGGAUAUCAUGACGCGCCAGGUUGGGGAGAAGAGUCAGGCCUACGGGGUACAAUCCCAGCUUCCCCGGAUACAGGACUACCUGCCUUCAACUACCCUCUCAACGAAUUUCGUGGUGGUCACAAUCAACGCCGUUUUCAAUGUGAGUCAUGUGCCACGACCAAGUAACACUCCAAGCUACAUGGAUGACCAAGAUGUCCGAAUGGUCAAGCUUGACCACUGGCCAGAAGACUCCGUGAGAUCGUUCCUGAGUUACAUCAAGAGCAACACCUCCAUGGGGAUGUAUGUGACGGGUGGGAUUGCUACAGAGGAUGCUAGUCUGAGGGACACUCACCGUGUUGACUUCUUCAAGUGGCAUGUUGACCAGGUCCUAAAGGCCCAACAGUUGGACAAAUGCAAUGUACUUGGUUACAUCGCCAGGCCUUUAAUGGACUGUUUUGAAUGGUCUCGUGGCUACGCACUGAAAGGUGGAUUGUUUUCCGUCGACUUCUCCAACUCCACGAGACCCCGCAAACCUCGGGUAUCGUCUCGUUACUACAAACAAAUUGUGUCUGAAAACGGCAUCCUCCCAGGGUACAGUGGGCGAGGCGGCGUGGCUUCCGGUUUUGUUCCUAUGGAAGACGAUAGCGACAUUCUGUAUGACACGUUCCCAGAGGGCUUUGCGUGGGCUGCAGCUACUUCCGCAUAUCAGAUUGAAGGAGGAUGGAAUGCUGACGGCAAAGGGGAGAGUAUCUGGGACAGACUGGUUCAGACCACAGACAGUGUGGAACAGGGGGCUACUGGGGACGUCGCCUGUGACAGCUACCACAAGUACAAGGAGGACGUUCAGCUGCUCAAAAACUUGCACGUAUCUCACUACCGUUUCUCCAUCGCCUGGUCCCGAGUUCUUCCCAAUGGCACACUCUCUGGAGGGAGGAACCAAGAAGGCAUCGAUUAUUACCACAACCUCAUCGCUGAACUGCGCAAGAACGACAUCAAACCCAUGGUGACCCUCUACCACUGGGACCUGCCACAAGCGCUGGAAGACCUGGGAGGCUGGCUGAAUGAAGACAUUGUCCAUUGGUUUACCGACUACGCUGACUUAUGUUUCAAGGAAUAUGGAAAUAACGUCUCCUUGUGGAUCACUUUUAACGAGCCUCCUAUCAUCGCCAUAACUGGUUAUGGGGAGGGAACGUUUGCUCCUCAAAAACACAACCUGACGCAGAACCAAUACAUCGUAGCCAGGAACCUUGUGUUAGCCCACGCGGAAACGUUUCACCUGUACAACAACACGUACAUUGCAUCACAAAAAGGAAAGGUCGGGAUAACCAUCAACUACGGCUGGAGCGAACCCAGGGACCCUCUGGACACCACAGAUGUAGACGCUGCGGAAAGGUCAAUAGAGUUCUAUGGCGGGAUGUUUGGCCAUCCUAUAUAUGUGGACGGGGACUUCCCUCCUGUGAUGAAGGAAAAGGUUGCUCAGAAAAACAGGGAAUCGGGCUGGCCUGAGGUCAGGUUACCUCCAUUUUCUGACUCGGAAAAGAAACGAAUAAAGGGAACACACCACUUUCUUGGCCUCAAUUUCUACAGCGCUAGUCUGGCCCGAAACGACCCCCAACCUGUCGGCGACACACCCUCCUAUUACAAUGAUCAGGAAGUCAAUACCUAUAAGGAUCCAAACUGGCUUGGAUCUGGAUCCGGAUGGCUCAAAGUAACACCCUGGGGAAUAAGGAAAAUGCUGAACUGGAUCAAGUACAACUACAACAAUGUGGACGUCUACGUCACGGAAAACGGCGUUUCUGAUCGGAAUGGGACCCUGAAGGACAAUUACAGAGUUCGUUUCUAUCGUUAUUACAUCAACGAAGUGUUAAAAGCCAUAAAGUUGGAUAAAUGCAAUGUGAAGGGCUACACGGCGUGGUCCUUAAUGGACAAUUUCGAAUGGCUGACUGGAUACAGUGAGAAGUUUGGUAUGCAUUACGUCAACUUCAGUGAUCCUAUGUUACCACGCAUCCCCAAGGCGUCGGCCAAGUGGUACGCUGGGCUGGUUCAAGAUAAAGGAUACAAGCCCGGGUACUCGAGGCCCGGGGGUAGGGGAUCUGCCGUGCAGGGGGAAGGGGAGUUUCACUACGGGACCUUCCCCAAGGGCUUUGUGUGGAGCGCCGCAUCAUCUUCUUUCCAGGUUGAAGGUGCUGUCAAGGAGGAUGGACGAGGAGAAAGCAUCUGGGACAACUUCCAAGUGCUUCAUAACGACUCCGGCAGCGUGACCUGUGACAGCUACCACAAAUACCCUGAGGACGUCAGACUUCUUAAAAACCUGGGGGUCAAUCACUACCGUUUUUCCAUCGCGUGGCCAAGAAUAUUUCCAGAUGGCACCAAAGCUUCUAAAAACCAAGCCGGUAUCCAGUACUACCAUCGACUCCUCGACGCUCUCCUUGCUGCGGGUAUUGAACCAAUGGCCACCUUGUACCACUGGGACCUUCCGAAGGCUCUCCAGGAUAAAGGAGGGUGGACUAAUGCGUCCAUAAUAGGGCACUUCAGAGACUACGCCGAUGUGUGCUUCAGUGAAUAUGGGAAUAAGGUGAAACUGUGGAUUACAUUCAAUGAGCCUUGGGUGUUCUUAGUGAAGGGUCUAGGGACAGGUGACCACGCCCCUGGACACACCAGCCGAGGGCUGGAGCCCUACUUAGGGGGACACAAUGUUCUGUUGUCCCAUGCCGAGGCCUAUCAUCUGUACAAUGAUACUUACAGGGAGACGCAAAACGGCCAGAUAAGCCUCACCCUGAACAUAGACUGGGCAGAACCCAAGGAUCCCAUGAAGCCCUCCGACAUUGAAGCAUCAGAAUGGGCUGUUCAGAUGUUCCUUGGAUGGUUCGCUCAUCCUGUUUACGUCAACGGGGACUACCCAGAAGUGAUGAAAAACAGAAUCGCAUCCGUUAGUAGAGCACAGGGACUUAAUGAAUCCAGACUACCAGAAUUCACAGAGGAACAGAAGAAUCGAACUGCAGGAACACAUGAUUUCUUCGGUAUGAACCACUACACCACAAUGUAUGUAUACAAGCAAGAUGAAGAAUUGGCUGGACGUGGCAAACCCGAUUACUUCAACGAUCGUGGCAUAAAAGAUGAACCUGAUCCUAAAUGGCUAAAGUCCGGGUCCUCGUGGCUAUAUGUGGUUCCCUGGGGGGUGAGGAAGAUUCUCAACUGGGUCAGAAACAACUACGGCGAGGUCCCGAUCUACAUCACUGAGAAUGGUCUGUCUGACAACAACGGUACACUCAAUGACCAGCACAGGAUUCUCUUCUACAGGUACUACAUCAACGAAGUACUUAAAGCCAUUGACUAUGACAAGGUGAACGUUAAGGGUUACACGGCAUGGGCACUACUGGACAACUUCGAGUGGGAUCGUGGCUACUCGGAAAAAUUCGGUACUCAUCGUGUUGACUUCAAUAGUCCAGACAGGACAAGAACUCCGAAGGCAUCCGCAGCCUUUCUACGACACAUCUUUGAAGACAAUGGUUUCAAGCCAGGCGCAUUAACAGAUCCUAAAAGAACACAUCUCCCGUUUGAGAAUGAAAUGCUGUUGGAAGACUUCCCAGAAAGCUUUGAGUGGGGAGCGGCGACAACCGCCUACCAGAUAGAAGGGGCGGUUGAUACGGAAGGACGAGGACCAAGCACCUGGGACGUGUUCUUGAAGACUCCCGGGAGGACCCCGUUUAACCAGACAGGAGAUAAGGCAGCCAUGUCUUUCACACACUAUAUCCAAGAUGUUGGUGCUCUCAAAGCAAUGGGGGUGAAGACAUACUACUUUUCACUCUCGUGGUCAAGGAUCUUACCGAAGGGAACGUCGGAUGAAGUAAACCAAGAUGGCAUCAAUUAUUACAACGAGCUGCUCUUGGCUCUGGCUGAUGCUGAGAUUGAACCAAUCGUGUCCCUUCACCAGUGGGACUCCCCGGCUGCUAUUACAAACGGCUGGCUGGAUAACGACAUCGUGGAAGCCUUCGGGAACUACUCCAGGAUAUGCUUUCAAAACUUCGGAGAUAAGGUUAAAACAUGGAUUACCCAAAAUGAACCUAAUGUCUUAGCUCUGAUGGGAUACGAGUUGGGUCAACAUGCCCCGGGGGUUAGAGGCCAAGGCUACAAAGCCGCGCACAACAUGAUCAAGGCACACGCAGCAGCAUACCGAAUCUACCAGAAGGAAUUUAAGGACAGUCAAAAAGGAAGAGUGGGACUUUCAGUGCAUUCUUCUUGGUCUCUGCCGAUGUCGGAAAGAGACCCUGGUGAUCGGGCCGCUCAAGACCGGAAGUUUGCCUUCGACUUUGAUUGGUUCGUUGUCCCAGUGCUCCUGGACGGAGAGUACCCGGAUGUCAUGAGGAGAGAGGUGUCUCUCAGAAGCAGAGAACAGAAUCUCACCCAGUCCCGUCUCCCGGUGUUUACAGACGUAGAGAGGAACAUGAUCAGAGGUUCGGCUGACUUCCUUGGCAUCAGCUACUGGACGUCCAGCCUCGUUCAGGAGCGACGUCGUAACAACGUCACCGCCCCGCCCUCCAUCAUUGACGACAGGGCUACCACUGGCACCAGUCUCCCAUCUAUUCACGUGUAUCCCAAGGGAAUCAGGAUGGUACUGAGAAGGGUCAAACAGCGGUAUGGUAACAUCCCCGUUUAUGUUACCGGUAAUGGCGUGAGGGACAAGCCAGGUACAACUGAUGACGCGGAUAGAGUGGAGUACAUGAAGUCCCACACCAAUGAAGUCCUGAAAGCUAUACGACUUGACAGCGUUGACGUCCGUGGCUACAUGGCCUACUCCCUCAUCGACAGCUUCGAGUGGCGUGACGGAUACACUGCUUCAUUUGGCCUCUACUACGUCAACUUCAACGAUCCCAACCGUGCACGACUUCCUAAAUCAUCGUCAAUGUAUUACCGUAACCUCAUCAGAGACAACGGAUUCUUCAAGCCCACGACGCCAGUGAUCAUCACCACCCCAAAGCCAAAGGUCAUCAUCCGGAACGAAUGUCCCCCACCAGCAUCAACAGCCGCUAGGAUGACCUCAACUAUUGGCCUGUUGACCAGCAUUGUUGUCAUGUUGUUCCUGAAUAGUCGCAGCCCCAGUGUAUGGGAUGUAUACUCUCACACGCCCGGUAAAACAGACCAUGGAGACACGGGCGACGUUGCAACAGACAGCUACAGCAAGUACAUCGACGAUAUUAACAUGCUCAAAGAGUUGGGGGUGAAGUCGUACCACAUGUCCAUAUCCUGGUCUCGCCUCAUGCUCAAUAGAACAGAUGUAAACCAACCGGGCGUCAACUACUACAACAGCAUCUUCACCGCCCUACGCAACAGCAGCAUUGAGCCCUAUGUGACGCUGUACCACUACGACUUGCCGGAGUUUCUGGAGAGGAGAGGAGGGUGGCUGAAUGAGGACAUUAUCCACGACUUUGAAGUAAGAUAUUGGGUAUCAAUGCAUGACCCCCGGGGCGUGGCGUGGAGGGGGUACGGGCAAGGAACGGCACCCCCUAGAAGAUUUGAGCCAGGUUGGAACCCUUACAUUGCUGGAAAUAACCUACACCGAGCUCACAGGAAGGCCCUGGACCUGUUCGUCGGCCGAUACAGAGGAACUCAAGGUCAACUGGGGAUAUCGCUAACAACUAAUAUAUACCAACCCAUGGAUCCUUCGAAUCCCGAUGACGUCCGAGCUAGUGACAGAGCGCUUCAGUUUGACUUCGGGUGGUUCAUGUCCCCCUUGACCACGGGUAGCUACCCGGAUAUCAUGACGCGCCAGGUUGGGGAGAAGAGUCAAGCCUACGGGGUACAAUCCAGGCUUCCCCGGAUACAGGACUACCUGCCUUCAACCACCCAGUCAACUGACUUCGUGAUAAUCACGAUCAAUGCCGUCUACAACGUGAGCCAGGAACAAUGUCCAAGUCAUCCUCCUGACUACAGGGAUGACCAAGAUGUACGAAUGGUCAAGCUCGAGGAAUGGCCAAGAGACUCGGUGAGAUCGUUCCUGAGUUACAUCAAGAGCAACACCUCCAUGGGGAUGUAUGUGACUGGUGGGAUUGCUACAGAGGAUGCCAGUCUGCGGGACAUUCACCGUGUUGACUUCUUCAAGUGGCAUGUUGACCAGGUCCUGAAGGCCCAACAGUUGGACAACUGCAAUGUACUUGGUUACAUCGCCAGACCUUUAAUGGACUGCUUUGAAUGGUCCCGUGGCUACGCCCUUAAAGGCGGAUUGUUUUCGGUCGACUUCUCGAACUCCGCGAGACCGCGCAGACCUCGCGUGUCGUCUCGUUACUACAAACAAAUUGUGUCUGAUAACGGAAUCCUCCCAGGGUACAGUGGGCGAGGCGGCGUUGCUUCCGGUUUUGUUCCAAUGGAAGACGAUAGCGACAUUCUGUAUGAUACGUUCCCAGAGGGCUUUGCGUGGGCUGCAGCUACUUCCGCAUAUCAGAUUGAAGGAGGAUGGAAUGCUGACGGCAAAGGGGAGAGUAUCUGGGACAGACUGGUUCACACCACAGACAGAGUCGAUAAGGGGGCUACUGGGGACGUCGCCUGUGACAGCUACCACAAGUACAAGGAGGACGUUCAGCUGCUCAAAAACUUGCACGUAUCUCACUACCGUUUCUCCAUCGCCUGGUCACGAGUUCUUCCAAAUGGCACACUCUCUGGAGGGAGGAACCAAGAAGGCAUCGAUUAUUACCACAACCUCAUUGCUGAACUGCGCAAGAACGACAUCAAACCCAUGGUGACCCUCUACCACUGGGACCUGCCACAAGCGCUGGAAGACCUGGGAGGCUGGCUGAAUGAAGACAUUGUCCAUUGGUUUACCGACUACGCCGACUUAUGUUUCAAGGAAUAUGGCAACAAUGUGUCAUUAUGGAUCACGUUUAACGAACCACCUAUCAUCGCCAUCGACGGUUACGGCGAGGGAAAUUUCCCUCCAAUCAAACGUAACCUGACACAGAACCAAUACAUUGUUGCACGAAACCUCAUCAUUGCCCACGCGGAAACCUUUCAUCUUUACAAUGACACAUACAAAAGCAAGCAAAAAGGAAAGGUCGGGAUAACCAUCAACUACUUCUGGAGCGAACCAAGGGACCCUCUGGAUACCGCAGAUGUUGAAGCGGCGGAAAGGUCAAUAGAGUUCUAUGGCGGGAUGUUUGGCCAUCCUAUAUAUGUGGACGGGGACUUCCCUCCUGUGAUGAAGGAAAAGGUUGCUCAGAAAAACAAGGAAUCGGGCUGGCCCGAGGACAGGUUACCACCAUUUUCUGAGUCGGAAAAGAAAAGAAUAAAAGGCACACACCAUUUUCUUGGACUUAACUUCUACGUUGCCAGUCUUGGCCGUGAUGACCCCCAGCCUGUCACCAAUCCACCCACAUAUAAUAACGAUAAAGACGUCACAAACUACAAUAAUCCAAACUGGCCUGGAUCUGGAUCUGAAUGGCUGAAGGUGACACCCUGGGGAUUAAGGAAAAUGCUGAACUGGAUCAAGUACAACUACAACAAUGUGGACGUUUACAUCACAGAAAACGGUGUCUCCGAUCGGAAUGGAACGAUCCAUGACGAUCACAGACUUCGCUUCUAUCGGCUUUACAUCAACGAGAUGCUGAAAGCCAUCAAGUUGGACGAGUGCAGUGUUCGGGGGUUCACGGCAUGGUCCUUGAUGGACAAUAUGGAGUGGUCGAGUGGAUACAGCGAGAAGUUCGGGCUUCAUUACGUCAACUUCAGUGAUCCUAUGUUACCACGCAUCCCCAAGGCUUCAGCCAAGUGGUACGCUGGGCUGGUUCAGGACAAUGGGUACAAGCCCGGGUACUCGAGGCCCGGGGGUAGGGGAUCUGCCGUGCAGGGGGAAGGGGAGUUUCACUACGGGACCUUCCCCAAGGGCUUUGUGUGGAGCGCCGCAUCAUCUUCUUUCCAGGUUGAAGGUGCUGUCAAGGAGGAUGGACGAGGGGAGAGUAUUUGGGACAACUUUCAAGUCCUAAACAACGAUUCAGGCAGCGUGGCAUGUGACAGUUACCACUUAUACUCCGAAGACGUCAAACUUCUGAAAAAUCUUGGGGUCAACCAUUACCGUUUUUCCAUCGCGUGGCCAAGAAUAUUCCCAGAUGGCACCAAAGAAUCUGUAAACAAACUUGGUAUCCAGUACUACCAUCGACUCCUCGACGCUCUCCUUGCUGCGGGUAUUGAACCAAUGGUCACCUUGUACCACUGGGACCUUCCAAAGGCUCUACAGGAUAAAGGAGGGUGGACUAAUGCGUCCAUUAUAGGGCACUUCAGAGACUACGCCGAUGUGUGCUUCAGGGAAUAUAGGAAUAAGGUGAAACUCUGGAUAACAUUCAAUGAGCCUUGGGUGUUCUUAGUGAAGGGUCUAGGGACAGGUGACCACGCCCCUGGACACACCAGCCGAGGGGUGGAGCCCUACUUAGGGGGACACAAUGUUCUGUUGUCCCAUGCCGAGGCCUAUCAUCUGUACAAUGAUACUUACAGGGAGACGCAAAACGGCCAAAUAAGCCUCACCCUGAACAUAGCCUGGGCAGAACCCAAGGAUCCCAUGAACCCCUCCGACAUUGAAGCAUCAGAAUGGGCUGUUCAGAUGUUCCUGGGAUGGUUCGCUCAUCCUGUUUACGUCAAUGGGGACUACCCAAAAGUGAUGAAAAACAGAAUAGCAUCCGUUAGUAGAGCACAGGGACUAAAUGAAUCCAGACUACCAGAAUUUACAGAGGAACAGAAGAAUCGAAUUGCAGGAACACAUGAUUUCUUCGGUAUGAACCACUACACCACAAUGUAUGUGUACAAGCAAGAUGAAGAAUUGGCUGGACGUGGCAAACCCGAUUACUUCAACGAUCGUGGCAUAAAAGAUGAACCUGAUCCUAAAUGGCUAAAGUCCGGGUCCUCGUGGCUAUAUGUGGUUCCCUGGGGGGUCAGGAAGAUUCUCAACUGGGUCAGAAACAACUACGGCGAGGUCCCGAUCUACAUCACGGAGAAUGGUCUGUCUGACAACAACGGUACUCUCAAUGACCAGCACAGGAUUCUCUUCUACAGGUACUACAUCAACGAAGUACUUAAAGCCAUUGACUAUGACAAGGUGAACGUUAAGGGCUACACAGCAUGGGCACUACUGGACAACUUCGAGUGGGAUCGUGGCUACUCGGAAAGAUUCGGAACUCAUCGUGUUGACUUCAAUAGUCCAGAUAGGACAAGAACUCCGAAGGCAUCCGCAGCCUUCCUACGACACGUCUUCCAAGACAACGGCUUCAAACCCGGUGCUUUGACAGAUCCAAAUGCGAAACAACUCCCUUAUGAGAACGAAGUUUUGUUAGGAGAUUUCCCAGCAGACUUUGCGUGGGGAGCAGCUACUUCCGCCUACCAGACAGAAGGAGCCACUGAUACGGAGGGACGAGGACUGAGCAGCUGGGACGUGUUCUCGAGAACUUCAGGGAGGAACCCACUGAACCAGACAGGAGAUAAAGCGGCCAUGUCAUUCACACAUUAUAUCGAGGAUGUUGGUGCUCUCAAAGCAAUGGGGGCCAAGGCAUAUCAUUUUUCCCUGUCGUGGUCAAGGAUCUUACCAAAGGGAACGUCUGAAGAAGUCAACCAAGGUGGCAUCAAUUAUUACAACGAGCUGCUCUUGGCUCUGGCUGAUGCUGAGAUUGAGCCAAUCGUGUCCCUUCACCAGUGGGACUCCCCGGCUGCUAUUACAAACGGCUGGCUGGAUAACGACAUCGUGGAAGCCUUCGGGAACUUCUCCAGGAUAUGCUUUCAGAAAUUUGGAGAUAAGGUAAUGUCGAUUCUGUUCAACAGGUUUUAGUAAGAUUUGUGUAAGAUUUUCCGUAUCGGAAUUUAAC